UGAUAACGAAGGAGUCCCUAAACACUGCUAGUCAUGAUUCACUAAUUAGAACUGUAGGAAACUUAAUACCAUAUAAACCUAUUCGUAAUAUACUUAGCCAUAGAAAAUUGUUAGUAUUAGUGAAGUCUCACACAGUUAAAGAAAGGACAACGUGUCUAUAUUGAAUUACAGGACCAGUAAAAUCCACUGAUUUGGCUAGAUUUCUAGUUUCUCAUGGCCCUAAAGCUGAAACGAAGGCGAGAAUUAAGCACACUGAGGACUGAGGAGAGCAGAGCACGCUGGAGAUUGACCAUUAUUACUGUGUGCUGUGUGCUAGUCAUACUAGCAACCUUAAUAGUGGGGUUGUACUUUACCAUUAAGAUGGUGAAUACCAAGUUUUUCUUCUGCUCUGGCUCACUGAAGUUUAUUUCAAUUGAAAAGGUAUGUGAUAGAAAGGCUGACUGUGCAGGCCGUGAGGACGAAAUCUCAUGUGUAUCCAAACUGCAGACCAAUGACACAUAUCCAGUGAGGCUGAUGGGGGAGAGACUGGUCCUGCAGGUGUUCGUUAAUAAGGGUGGAUGGAGAACAGUGUGUGCUGAUAACUGGAGGACGAAGCACACGAGGUUAACCUGUCAACAACUGGGCUAUACAGCGAGUCCACGAAGUACACGAGUCCCGGUGAAGAGUCUACUUUUCAACUCUAACAAUGCAUUUGCUACAGUCAGCAAUGACUCCACACACUCUGACAUCCAGAGUUUACUCUCAGUCAGUGACAAAUGUCUCUCUGGCUCAGUGGUGUCUGUGUCCUGCUCAGACUGUGGAGAGGUGGUGGGAGAGGACCGUAUUGUUGGUGGGGUGGACACAGAAAUCGAACACUGGCCGUGGCAGGUUAGUCUUCAGUGGAACCACCAGCAUGUUUGUGGAGGAGCAUUACUGUCCAGGCGCUGGAUCAUAUCAGCUGCUCACUGUUUUACAGGCCAGACACGGGAGCUGAGACGAUGGACUGUGGUGUUGGGUCAGACCCAAGUGGCGGCAUCCAGGGGUGUCGGCAGCAUAGAGAUGAUUGUUGUCCACAGUUACUACAGCCGCUUGAGUAAUGACUAUGAUAUCGCCAUGCUAAAACUCACCUGGCCUGUAACUGUUGGGGAAUCGAUCUUGCCAGUUUGUUUACCCCCACACCAGCUGUCUGUGAAGGAGAUGCUUGUGGUGACUGGAUGGGGAUUGUUAAAGGAGAAAGGUGAGCUGCCCUCUGUGCUGCAGAAAGCUUCAGUGCCACUGAUUGACAGGUCAGAGUGUUCCAAGCCCUCUGUUUAUGGUUCUGCCAUAACUCCCAGAAUGCUUUGUGCUGGAUUCUUCGAAGGAAACAUAGAUGCGUGUCAGGGGGACAGUGGGGGUCCACUGGUGUACCUGUCAUCUCGUUGGCAGUUAAUGGGUAUAGUGAGUUGGGGAGUGGGCUGUGCACGGGAUGGAAAACCUGGAGUUUACACUGAUGUUAGUCAACUUCUCAACUGGAUCUACACUGUAAUGAAGAGACGUCCAUGAGAAGGUGAACCAUGGACACAUCACUUCAUGCUUUUGUGACACAAGAGGAAAGACGACAAAUCACCUCAGUGUUACUACAUAAAUCUGCGUUCUUGAAUCUAGAUAUUGUUACAUUUUAUAAUUAAUUUGAUGUUUAAUUUAACAAGUAUUAUGUCAAAACAUCAUGCUUUUUUUAGUCUCACUAGUCGCAUUAUGGCAGUUUUCCAGUCAGUACUGUAUGCUCAUUGUAAAGCUAAAGUACUCAAAGUGUUUUAAUUUUUUUUUCUAACCAAACGUAUUUAGAAAGCUAAAUAAAUAAAAUAAUAAAGCUCUUACUUGAUUCAUUUACCAGUCCAGCACACAUCACAACCUUUAUUUUAUCCAAAACAUUUUAUUUUAGUUGCUGCUUAUAAUAAAGAAAUCCAAUAUGCAUGACUGUGCAGUCCAAUGGGGAAUAACAGGCCUGCACACUGGCUUAAGGAAACAAUGGAAUCAAGAAUUCUGGAUUAUGGGCUGAGUGGACCAUCUAUGAUACAGCAUGUGUUUUACAUUCAGUUUUACAGGGACUGAUGUCAAACAAUGUCUACUGUCUGUAGAUCUGGAUUGAAGUAAAUUCCAAGUUAGUCAUUUUCCAAACCGUAACUCCUCCAAGGCAUUGUUCCUUCUGACUCUGUGGACUUGAGUCCUUGAGGCCUCUAUUCUCCUUGGUUUUACAUUUUUGUCUCAACAGUCUGGUGUAGCUCAGUGUUCGUAAAGCAUCUGAAUGUAUCUGAUCCAGCUUUUUUUUUUUUUUUUUAAACAUAGCUGCAGUGGUACUCUGAUGCUUUAACACUGUACAGUUUGCAUGCAAAUUACUGU